AUGGGAGAUAUUGACAUAAAAGAAAAUGACAAGACAUUAUCAUUAUUAAAUUAGAAUUUGACUUAGAUUACGAUUAAUAAACAAUCAUGUAAUCGAUCAUUAUAAAUUACUAAUUUUAAUGCAUCAAAAAAUUCAAUUAAAUAAAUGAUUGGAAUUUCUAUUUUUCAUAAUUUAAGAGUAUUAAAUUUGUCUCAUAAUCAAAUUCAAAAGAUUGAAGGUUUAACUAAUUUAAAAUAAUUAUGUGCUUUGAUUUUAAACAACAAUUAAAUUAAAUUAAUAUAAGGAUUAGAAAAAUGCUUAGAAUUGAAUACUUUAGUCUUAUCAAAUAAUUAAAUAAUAAAUGUAUAAGGGAUAUCACAUUUAAAUAAAUUAGAAAAAUUAUAACUAUCUCAUAAUUAAAUAGAAGUAAAUGUAGAUAUAAAUAUUAUAGGACCUAGAAAAUUGCAUAUGUAUGAAUUUAGAAUAAUUGAAUGUUAAUAAUAAUAAAAUACAAGAAAUACCAAAGUUUUUUUCACAAAUGACAAAAUUAAAGAGACUUGAUAUAGGGAAAAAUGAUAUCAAAGACCCAUAAUAAAUGAUUGUUUUAAGAGAUUUAAAAUUAAUUCAUUUAAAUAUAGCAGGUAAUCCUUGUUCAGAUAAGGCUAUUUAAAUUGCAAUAAAAUUUCCAAGAAUUAGAUUUAUUAAUAAUUUAGCUGCUGAGAAAGUCUUGGAAUAACAUUUAUCUAAAGUACCUUAGAAAAUAAGAGAGAAAACAGAAAAAGUAUAAAAAAAGAUUUCUUAACCUAUGGUAUCGUAUGAUUUAGAAUAAGAAUAAGAAGCUGUAAUAAUUAAGAAACCAAAAAGAAGUUAGAUAGUAAAAGUAGAAAAGAACAAAUAAAUUGAUAAGAAAUAAAAAUAAAGAAUAAAGAAUAUUAAUUUAGAUUAAGAAACUAAAAUAGAAAAAUGGUGA